CAUUGAGUGUCCCAUCUCACCUGUUACCAUUUCUGGUAUACUCCCCUCGUUCGCACAAACGAAAGAAAUGGUAAUUAUAACCGAUGUGAUUACGGCUAUUGAAAUCCACAAGGAUUUGGCAAUGGGUCUAUGAAUUCUUAUUCCGUGGUAUAGCGUAAGACAAUAUGAAGUUCACGGUAACUCCCUGGGUGUGGAGAACGGUAUAUAUGGGUGAAAAUUUGGUAAAUAAGCCAUUGUGAAUUUGAUCAGCAAGUAGGCAACAUGUUUUCGAAACUGGUAGUGGUAGCUUUGUUCUUGGCUGUAGCAAACUCAGCCUACACCGGACCACUAGCUGGUGGUGGACAACCAGCAGCCCAGUUUCCAGCAGGAAUUGACCCUCAAGCUUGCCCGAACUACCCAAUUUGCGAAAACCCAUCCGUAGCAGUUAAUCAAGUUGCAGCAUCUGCUUACUCUUCCCCCUACCAAACAUCGCAGUACAGUCAACCCCAAUACAACCAGCCUCAGUACACCCAACCCCAAUAUUCUCAGCCUCAGUAUGCUCAACCCCAGUACAACCCUUCAUCUCAGUAUCAGCAGGCCCAAUCCAGGUACACCUCCAGCCCAGUUCAACAGUACAAUUUGGCACAACCCGCCCCAGUUCAACUCCAACAGAGGCAGUACAACCUAGCUCAACCCCAGUUCACUCCAAAUCAGGGUUACAAUCCUGCACCACAGGCAGCUCAAAACCAAUAUCCAUCCCACGUGCAAGCUGCUUUAGACAGGGGAGAAUAUAUUGGAGAUGGUGAUUACCACGGAGAAGGUCUCGCAGAAUCUGGAGCUCAAUCUCAGGGACCUGCCGCACCAGCCCAAGCAUACAAUCCAGUGGCCUACCAACAAGCCUACUCUGCACAAAUCCCACAGCAAGCAUACCAAGCUGCAGCCCAACCAGCUGCAUACCAUGGAGCUCAACAACCAGCUCAACUACCAGCAGGAUUGGCACCUGGUGCUUGUCCAAACUACCCCUUCUGCCAGCAAUAGGCUGUAAGAAGACUGCUUACUGUGUUAACGUAUUAAGUUAUUUCUUUCUAUCUGUGAAUACCUCUGUAUAAUUUAUUUCAUUAAAAAAACUUGUAUACGA